UAGAUCUUUUUUUUUCCGGAUAUCAUUUGUUUUAUACUCUAAAUAGUAGGCAUCAUGAUUUCGAUUAAUUGCUAUCUCGUUUCUUUUUUGUAUUUAUUGCAUUUAUUAGCAAAUGUUUCUUCACAGUCAUAUAAAACUAAAGAACCGAUAAAAAUUACGGAUUCCAAUUGGACAAAUGUACUGGAAGGAGAGUGGAUGGUUGAAUUUAUGGCACCAUGGUGUCCAGCUUGCAAGUCUUUCAAAGAUGUGUGGACAGAAUUUGCUGGAUGGGGUUAUGACCUUGACAUUACUGUUGGGGUUAUUGAUGUCACAGAAAAUCCAGGUCUUAGUGGUCGAUUUCUUGUCACCUCACUACCAACAUUAUAUCAUAUAAAAGAUGGAAACUUCAGAAUCUAUCAGGGUGGUAGGAAAACAACAGACUUGAUUUCUCUAAUUGACGAGAAAAAAUGGAAUGCUAUAGAGCCAGUGGCUUGGUACAGAAAUCCUAACUCCAUACAGAUGGGAGUACUAGGUAAUUUUUUCACUGCUGCCAUGUUUAUCAGGGGCAUAUACAAUACUAUGACUGAUGUUUAUGGUAUCCCAGAAUGGCUUUGCUAUGUGAUAUUUGCAAUUCUGACAAUAAUAAUUGGAUUAAUUUUAGGACUACUGCUGGUUCUUUGCUGUGAUAACUUUUUUCCAGCUAAAUAUAUCCCCUUGCCUCCUGAGAGACUAGCGCACAAGCCCAAGGAUGACCCAACAGAUGAUGAUGACAUCAUUGAUGAUACAGUGGAACAAAAGCAGACCAAGAAAACAUCUUUAGACUCUAAAGGCCCUAGUGAACCAAGUGGUUCUGCUUCACAGGUGGCCAGUGACAGUGAAGUUAGGAAAAGAACACAGAAAGCAAAGGAAUGAGACUUCCUGUUUGUCUGUUGACUGUGCCGGUAUCUGUACUUUUCAUGUUAUUUUGUUUUCAUGUUAUAUUUUGUUCUGUGGAUAAAGAUUGAUUUCGCUUACGGAUAUGGAAAGUCUUAAUGUCAUUUCUCUCAAAAGAGGAAAUGUAUUUAGUGAUACCCUGAUGCAGUAGACAAAACUCCAAUGGGAAUAUUAUUAGUACCGGUGUGGUAUCUAAGAAGUUUUAAUUCAGGACCUAUUGAAGAGGUGCUAUGUGAACAUUGUCUUUGUGCUCAUGUGAAAGAGGAUUGUUAAUGCACAAGCUGACAAGAUAAGCUUGGAAUAGCUUUGUGUAUGUGUGUGUAAAAGAAUACAUUGUGAUAAUUAUUAUUUUUCCAAUAUUAUACAUUCUUUACAAUGUCUUCACAACAUUUCACUGAUUUUUGUAAAGUACAGACCUUUUGUUUUUCUUUAACUUACAGUCAAUGCUCUAUGCAUAUUUAAAAAUGUAUUCAUAGCAUUGUACAACCCAAAAAGUGAAGGUGCUAUUUUUAGUCCAUCCAGCUAUAAAGGGUAACUGAUUGAAAAAAAAAUUGUAUAGGGUUUUAAAUAGGCUAGAAAGGGACUCUUCUUAGCAUGUUAAAAUAAAUGUCCUUUAUCUUUGUAUUUAUAAAGCAGUAAUUGUUUUACAUUUAUUCUUUCUGAAUAAUUUGCCAUCCUAAGUUACAUUUAUCAACUGUAAUAAUUAUAUAUGCAUUGUAAAGAAAUAAUGUUUGUAUUUUUAAUGCUAUGUGUAUUAGUGUGUGUUUUGACUUUUGUCUGUGUCAGUUUUUAAAUUAUGACAAUAUAUUCUUCACACAUUUUAUUGCAAAAUUUUUAUUUUUUCUCCCCAUUUUAUAUUGAACAACCAAGUAGUAAAAUCUAAUAUAGCUCUUCAGAACUAAAAAGCAAAGUAAUUAAAACAACAUUUAGCUGUUAGUUUGAAGUAUGGUAAACAACCAAUUAAAAACACACUAUAAGAUUUCAUUAAUGCACAAUUAGUAUUUGGUAUGUUAACACUAACAAAAAGACUUUCUGAGCUAUUCGAGUCAUUAGUUGACCAAACGUAACCCUUAUUAAACCUCCAGUCAAAAAAACUUUUCUAAGCUAAAGGAAAUUGAAUUUAUUCCCAAGCUGCUGUUUGAAUGAUAAUUUUUUUCCUCCCAUGCAGUUUAUAGUUCUAAUAAGUGUUUUAGUGACAUCUUGCUCCAGUGGACUCAUGACAGGAGUGUAUUUGGAGCCAGGUGUGGAAAGAUUUCAAGUUUUGUAUCAGAAACAUUUGAUAUGCAAAGAUGGUUUUAGUUGGAAAUAAAACCCACUAUAAAUUUUUAUUUAUUUAUAUUAUUUUAUAUGAAUAUUUCAAAUAGCUACCAUUUUUUUUAUUUCAAAAAUUGUGUGUGUCUUGAUUGUUCCUUCAAAUAUUUGAUUGUGGAAUGCAGUGUAGAUGUUUCUUGAGCAGUUUUCAUUUAUGUUUGGUUAGAAAUAGAAAAAAAAACAAAUUUUUAAAUAAAAAUGUCAUGUCAAUGAUCUUGAGUUUGAAGCAUUCCAUGUUUAAUCAUACGCUUAUGAAAUUGAAAUCUUAAAUUUAAUAUUGGCAAUGUAAUUGAAACAUUUCAUUUCAUCUAAAACUUUGUCAUUUUUAUGUAAUGAGCAUGUUCUAUAUUUAAAACAUUUAUUGUUAAGUCAAUGAUUCUGGCUUUUAAAAUAAUAGUUUUGUCAGCAAAGACAAAAUCCUAUAGAAUAAAAGUAUUCCUUUAGCCAGAUUUUGUGGGUUUUAAAAUUUUAUGAUUGAGUAUGUCUGAUUGAGCAUCCAUGUUUUCUGCUAAAUUAUUUCAAUGCUGCAUAAUUGAUAUCUUCCACUCACAUUUGAACAGUCAUAAUAAAUAAAUAAAAACAAGA